UUGGCCAAACACUAUCACUAAGAGUGAAAGAAAACAUUUUGUGUUAUCAUUCAUUUUCUCUGAGAAAUGGCCAAGAAACAAAACAUUGUGUCUGGUGGAGCUGUUCAUGUUUGCACUCCAAACCACUUGGCGGAGGUAAUUUACGCAUCAGUUGUCGCUGAGGCUCUGCAGGCUGUCUGUGCUCUGAACAUGGGAAUGCAAACUCGAGCUCUCGUCUCUGCAAAAUGGCUCGCAAACAUGCUCAAACGCAAUCCGGUCGGACCGAGUUUGCGGAUCCUGGACACGUCCUGGUACCUCCCGAGCAUGAAGCGAGACGGCAAGAAGGAGUUUGCGCAGACGCACAUCCCAGGUGCGUCUUUCUUUGACAUCGACGAGUGCGCGGACAGGACGUCCAAGUUUGAUCACAUGCUCCCCUCAGAGGAGUCCUUCGCAGAUUAUGUGGGAGAUCUUGGCAUCGGGACUGACAGCCAUGUGGUCGUUUACGACGCCAGUGACUUUGGAGCUUUCACCUGCACCAGGGUUUGGUGGAUGUUCCGCUUGUUCGGUCAUCCACAGGUGUCGGUGCUGAACGGGGGUUUUAGGAACUGGGUCAAAGAGGGUCAUCCAGUGGAAGGGACGUACACCAGACCUGAACCGGCCCGCUUCACCGCCACCACGAAGCACCGCUCCUCCUGGGUGAAGUCAUUUGAGGACAUUACAAAGAACAUAACAGAUCAGGAGUUUCAGGUGGUGGAUGUGAGACCGUAUGCGAGGUUCCGAGGGAAAGAACCAGAACCAAGAGAGGGUGUUAAACCGGGUCACAUCCCCGGCUCCAAAUGCAUGCCUUUUUUCAGUUUCGUCGACAAUGACGGCAUGAUGCUGUCCACGGAGGAACUGAAGAAGUUCUUUGAGAAGUCAAAAGUGGACCUGAAUAAGCCGAUCUGUGGAUCCUGCGGCUCCGGUGUGACCGCCUGUCACUUGGUGCUGGCUGCCCAUCUGUGCGGCGCCCCCGAGGAGGCGUCUGUGUACGACGGAUCCUGGUAUGAGUGGUUCACUAAGGCUCCACCAGAGCAUGUGGUCUCUGAGGCCGAAAGCAAGCUUUGAGGAGGACGAAGACAAACCAGCAUUUGAUAUAUUCUCACUGUUCUCAGCAUGUAACUCUUUAUCCUGUAAAGGCCCUCUCUGUACAGGCCCAUGAUUUGAAUAAUUCAGCUCAUACAGGAUCAUUUUCACUAAAUCCUGAAUCUGAAAAGCUUCUGCCUGCCGCCUGUGGCCUUUUUAAAGAAAUGUAUCCAUGUGGCACAACCUGCUGGUGCUUUAGUGGAUGUGCAGUUAAUAAACGUGCCUUGAAAGAC